AUGGCGGAUCCUGCUGCUGCUCUCAAGUUCUUCUUCCUUCUUCUACUCCCCGCCUCCUCUCUGGGUAACCCCAUCUUCUUUCUUCACGAUUCCUCUGCAUCCUCCUCCGUUAGAGCUUCAUAGCCAUCUUUCUUCCCUUCUUACUUUCUCUUUCUUUCUCUCUUUCUUCGUUUCUUUCUUUCUUUCUUUCCUUCUUUCAUGGUGAACGUAAAAAUGUGUAGGAUUAGAGCAGCCGGGUUGCAUCCAAGUCAAUCAGAGGACGACGGGAGCCUUCCAGGGAUUCGACUUCGAGUUCGAGGUAGAGAUCGAGAACGCCUGCGCCUGCGCGCAGAGAAACGUGAGGGUCGACGCCCCGGGCUUCAUGACGCAGCGGCCGGUGGAUCCGGCGGCGCUCCGGCGAAACGGCGAAGGCUUCCUUGUCGCCGGCGGGGAUCCCAUCGCCGGCGGCGCCGCGGUGAGGUUCACCUACUGGUGGGACCACGCAACCUUCUUCAUCCCUGCCGGCUCUCUCCCCGCCUGCUGA